AUGCCAAAGAAAUACUCGCUGUUCCAGCGAUCCGUGCGUGUGGUGCAGACGUCCCUCCGGCGUUUGAACCGUUGGGCUGCUGUGCAUAUAGUUGGAUUACCUAAUCCACCUGAAGUUGAAGAGCGAUUACGUCAGCCUAGUUUUGUAGAUUUAUGGGAAUUUACAGUGGCUGAUCAUCGUCGGAUUUUCCAUGAAGUGUGGCAGGAAUACAAACUGUCUUUUGCUGGACUUAGUCGUGAAGAUUUGGAACGUAGUAAAGAAGAGGUGAAACGUGUUGUAAAAACAGUCAGUGGUCAAGUUUCUGAGACUGCAGGCAAGAAUUUGACGUUUAUUGACAAGAGUCUUGAAGGCUCUAAAGUACAUGGGAAUCUUCAUACAAUUAAAGAGCAGGGAGCUGAGAAUGUCGAGUUCCUGACCAAGGAGAUAAAGCAUGUGGUUGAAGGUGUGGACACUGAAGCGAUGGUCCGUCAUGCAAAGCAGUUGAUGGACGACAGUCGCAGUAAAGACGACGUGGCGACAACUGUUAAGAAGAAUGUGGUCGAGCUGCGGGGUCUUAUCAAAGAAGGAAGAGAUGCUGCUUUGCGGCUGGAUAGAGAGGAUAUGGAUACGUUUAAAGAGAGGGCACAGUCGUGGUUUGCAGACAAGCUACUGGUUGGUCAAUCGGUGCUGAUGGCAUUUAUUGAAGGAUAUCGUGAGGGCAAAGAGAUGGAGUUAAAACGCAAGGACGCACUGCUCAUUUCAUUCGCCAAGCAAGCAGCAGAAGACCAUAAAGAUCUGAUUGAGAACCAGAUUAAGAAGUUGAUGGAUCAGCAGCGUGAGAAACAGCGACAGGAACUGGAGGAGGCAGCAGCGAAGGAAAAUGCAGAAAAGACUGGAAAACACACAGCCGAAUAA